AUGUCCAAGAGAUCACAUUCCGAGGCUCUUGGUAACGAUCCAGAAUCCAGCGAGAGAAAACCGCGUUUGGAUUCUGAUGGUUCUUGUCCCACGGAUAAAAGAUUGCUUUCUGGCUCAUCAGAGCCAAUUUUGUUUACUCGAGUGCGUUCACUGGAGGAGUUAGACAAGCGCGCAUUACAGUUGCAAAAUAAAAAGCUAUGGGAAGCCUGGACCGAACGACAAGCCGUUAUUUUGGAACUACGGGAGCGAAUCGAGCACCUUGAAAACCGCCAAGCAAAGGAUGAUGCCCUACUUUGUGUGAUCAACCGCUAUUGGAACCAAUUGGAUGAAGAUUGUUUGAUCCUGUUGCAACGUUUUGAUGCGGAUGCAGAAGAAGAAAUCAGCACCUCCACUGAGUCCUUUCUGAAAGAAUUGGCUUCAUGGGAUGAAGAGGAAGUGUCUGAAAAGCUUCAGGAGCGUGUGCACUUUUCGAAACGUAUCGUCGCUCGGCUUUUGUCUGCGUAUGAACGGCUUGUCGCUCGACAGUCUCGUUUGCGCCAGUUGAAUAAUUCUCAAAAGGAAACGUCAUCCUCGAGUAAUGACGUAACACACAAAGGGUCACCCGACAAUUCCAGUUACUCCACAGCAUCUCGACCCACCGAGGGAUCUUCAGAAGCUCCAUCCUCUUCAGAUCAACAAAACGAGACGAUCGAUAACGGAUCAUUGAAUGUGGUGCGUGAGGAAUUGGCUAUGUUGAAUAAGGAAAAUCAAAGACUACAGUCUCUUUGCACAAGUUUGCACGCCAAACAUCGACAAAACAGCUUGCGGCUCCGUGAGUUGCAAGAUCUUGCGCAGACACGCUCUGAGUCUGCCGCUGAAUGGCAAGCAAAAUACGAAGAUUUAGAUUACAAGCUUUCGCAAGCAAUGAACCAAGUUACGCGUCUGGAUCAUCGUUUGUAUGAUGCACAGCAGAUGAACAAACAAUUAGAACUUGAACUGGCUGCUUUCAAAGGCACGGAUGCACCAAAUGAUGACUCCACUACUACAGGAUCUUCAGGCGGUACUGUGAACCGGAGUAAAUACAACGAUCUUGCUUGCGAACUAGAAGAACUACGGGAGUUAGCCGCGAAUCGUCUAUCGGAGUUGGAGCGUGUUCAACGUAAAUUGGAGGACAAAGUGGGCGAGUGUGCUGCCCUCAAUAUGCAGUUAAAACAAGUUUCCGAAAAUCAGAUCUUGGAAUCACCUCAAUACAUGUCAAUCAAAGCUCAAUUCACUAUCUUAUACAAUGAAGCGAUUCAAUUAAGAAACCAACUUGAAGAAGCUCGGACUAUGCUGACAAACAAUCGCCAUAGUCAUUUGAAGCAUAUAGAAGAAAUGGAAGCGAAUGAAACAGCUAUUCAGAACCAGAUGCGUUCAGAAAUGUUGCUUAUUGAGAGCCAAUAUUCACAACUUCGCCGGAAGCAUGAAACAAUGGAACUCGACCUCAAGCAAGCCGUUGCCCACAACGAACAGGCCGGGCCGAUCAACAGUGAAAUGCGCAGUCUCAUAUCCACCUUACAAACACAAAACAAACAACUUAAGGCGGAAGUUGCUCGUUAUCGAAGGAAAUGUAAAGAGAAAAAUCAAGAUUUGGACCUUAUUAAAAACGAUUUGAAAUCGACUGAAGAUGAGUUAGCCGAAGUGCGUACCGCGCUCUCGGAAGCCACUGCUGCAGCGAUAGCUGCCAGUGAAAAAUCUGCGAGUGAUCAAAACAUCGAGGCAUUGCCACCGGAUACAAAGAACGAAACGCAGGUACAGGCUGCUGCAACCGCUCCCCCUGUGAAGCAUGAAUCUCCUGCGGAAACAUUUCCUUCAUCGCCCAUCAAAUCCGAGGAGUGUUCAGUGGUUGAGACAAAGUCGUCAAUGUGCGCUGCAUGCGGGUCUUCCACUCCAAACUCUUCAUCAUCGAAAUUCCCAGCAAAAGUUGUGAGUCUGUCGCUACACGCUGAUAUUGGUUACCAUGCAUUUUCUCGUAUCCUACUGUAUAACAUAUAUGAUGUUAGCACCCUACCUGUGUCAGGGGGCGACACAUUCGUAAUUCUGAACAUCCGUGAAUGA